AUGAAAAUGAUUCUGUUUGAUGGAUUGGGAAAGCUUCUUUCACUUCCUUUUCUCUUGUUGGUCACUUUAAUUAAGUUUUACUUAGGCACAAUAACAUACAGAAAACUCUCUAACAGUUUAUUACAAUGUUUGAAAAUGACGACUUUCAGGCUUGCUUUAUCACUUGACGUGAGCGACUCCUACUACGUGUCUCCAUUUUCAACUAAAUUUUUAAUCUCAAGUGUCGGAUUGCGAUUCCGAGCUUUAACUUCGAAGCUUCCUGGCUACGGAAAGAGAUAUGACAGAAAUAGCAUUUGGUUGGUGAGGCAAUCACGUAGAUCUCCCAGCGACCCAAUAAUCAUAUACAUCCAUGGAGGAGGCUUCUUUUUGGAGACCCAGCCCCAACAACUUGAAUCAGUGUUGAGUAUUUACAGCUUGCUUGAACCUUCUAAACGGGAGAAACUUUCUGUCCUCGUGCUUGAUUAUAAACUUGCAAGCGCAGGCCAUACAUUUCCAGUUCAAAUGACCCAGUUGCAUGAGACGUAUUCGAAAUUAACUGGAGAAGAUGGCAACAGCAACAUCAUAUUAAUGGGUGAUUCUGCAGGAGGUAAUCUCUCUAUUUGUUAUUUACAGUAUUUGAAGAGCUUGUCUGCGCCAAAGGAACGUUAUCCAACAAAAUUAGUCCUUGUGAGCCCUUGGGUUAAUAUUACUCCAAAUAGUGAUCAGAAUGUUCCUGGACGCUCAUUUUAUGACAGUGAUUCAUUCGACAUGAUUAGAUUCAAAAGCUUUGAAACAGAACAUAAGAAACAUCAAAUUAUUGGCAGCUGUAAAGAGACAGAUGUCAAAGUAUCUCCGCUAACCUCUGGGAAGAGAUUAAAGGAUGACUGGGUACAUAUUCCUACCUUGAAUUUGCCAGAAUAUGAUGUAAUUCUUAUUUGCGGGGAGGAUGAAAGCUUCAGAGAUGAUAUUUUGGAGUUUGCUGAAUUAGCUCUCGAGGUACCUUACUAUUCUACUUAUCACUAUGGGGACUCAGACAACAAAAUAAGUAAGAAAAUGGAAUACCAUAGAGUCAACAAUCCUAAGCAUUGCAAUUUUUCAUUAUUUGUGGAACCUUGGGGUGUUCAUGACGCCUCAAUGUUCUUUGAAAAUCAUUUGUUAAGUAAAGUCAAAGCAAAGAAGGUUAAAAGUUUAGAAGAUGUAGACAAAACGGAGUUCUUUGGUUUGUAUAGAAUUAUCGAAUUUUUGAACAAGACUCUUUGA